UGUCGCAGAACAGAUGGGCAAGAUAUGAGUACUUCCGGAGAUCUCGGUUUAAGAAAGCGGACAUGCGAAGGCUGUUGCAAGGCAUCACCGGAACGAAGACAAUUUCAGAGCCACUUAUAAUUGCAGUUUCUGCAGCAACAAAAUUGUUUGUCGGUGACAUUAUUGAAACAGCUAGAACAGUACUUAUGACAGAAAGGAAGGACUCGGGGGCAAUCCGGCCUGGCCAUAUCAGAGAGGCCUAUCGAAGACUAAAGCUGGAAAGCAAAGUACCGAGGAGAUCCUUUCGAAGGCUAUUCUUGUAGGUGGGAAUUUCUAGCCAAGCUUUAUGCGCAAUUAGCAGCUCAAAUGAAUGGCUCUACCAAGUCUUAGUGG